AUGGCCAACAAGGACAAAGAUAUGCCAGAAUUAAAUGAUUCUGGAAGUCCAGAAUUGGCCUCUUUGAAACAACAAAGGGCCACAAUGAAAAGAAACAUUACUUGUUUAGAAAAGAAAAUCGAUAAGGAUGGAGAUACUGCUGAUACAACAAUUUUGCAAUGUCGGCUCGAAAUUUUAGAGUCCUACUUCAAACAGAUUUCCCAUAUUCAAGGGCAAAUUGAAAAAAUAAGUCCUUCCGAUGUCACUAGGAGUGACUUAGAAGAAAUAUAUAUUGCAGCCAAGGCAAAAUUGUUGUCCAUCUUAAACAAAACUCGUAGUUCGACUUCAAUGGAACAAAGUUUCUUCAACACUUCGAUCGGACUUUCCAAUCAAACUCGUUUGCCCUCGUUAAAAUUGCCUCGCUUCGAUGGAAAGUACGCAGAUUAUAAACGAUUUAUCACUACUUUCAAUAAUAUGGUUCAUGAUAAUUCGUCAAUUACGCCAGUAGAUAAAUUCAAUUAUCUGUUAAAUUGUCUUUCUGGUCCAGCCCUAUCAGUUGUGGAACCUUUCCAAGUGACUGAUGAGAAUUACCCGAAGGCCCUUGAUAGGUUGAGGGAGCGGUACGACAACAAAGUACUAAUUUUCUUGGAACACAUUACAACACUUUUCAACAUUCCUGAAAUGUCCAAAGGCGACAGUGUUUCAUUACGUUAUAUCAUAGAUACCGUUUCUGCAAUUCGUGGUUCACUAUUAUCGCUUGGAUCGGAAUUAGACAUUAUGAAUGCUAUUAUAAUUCAUAUUGUUUUAUCGAAGCUGGAUGAUAGUUCUAAACAGAAUUACGAUGAAAAACUAGAUUUUAGAUCAUUGCCCUCAUGGGACACCUGUUAUGACAUCUUGAGUCAUCGAUGUCAAUUUUUGGAAAGUCAUGGAAAGAAAAGUGAACAAAAAAGUAGUUCUACUGGCACAAAGCCAAAAUCAAACUUUUCUCGUAAUGCAAAUACUUUUCUUAGUUCGAAUACAAACACAACUUGUUCGUAUUGUAACAGCUCUGGUCAUCAUCUCGCCAUCUGUUCAUCAUUUUUGUCGCUCGUAGUUUCGGAACGUUUUAAUUUCGUAAAACGUAAUGGGCAUUGCAUAAACUGCCUUCGAAAGGGUCAUUUAGUUUCGAAAUGUCCUUCUAGUAGUCGUUGUAGGGUUUGUCAGUCCGCUCAUCAUACUUCGUUACAUAUUUUCGUUCAACCGGAAUCAGCACCAGUUAAUCCAGCUCCUCCUGAAACAUCUACAAAUAAUGCAACAUCGUUAGUAGCUCGUUCGUUCAAAAGAGCCAUAAUACCAACUGCGGUGGUUCUUAUCAAAGAUAGUUUCGGUUGUUAUCAACCUGUAAGAGUUCUUCUGGAUUCCUGUUCUGAAAUUAACUUCAUUACAGAAGAAACUGCCAAGAAACUUAAACUACGUUUUCUACCAAAUUGUCAAGAUGUUUCUGGAAUAAGUGAAAUUCAAACAAAAAUAAGAUAUUCUGUCGCUGCUACCAUAAAAUCCCGAAUUGGCUCAUUUCAGUGGUCAUCAACAUUUGCUGUAACGAAAUCUAUAUCAGCCCAACAGCCUGGUGAAAAAAUAGAUACAACAAGGUUCACAAUUCCAGAAACCAUACAACUCGCAGACCCGCUUUUCUAUAAGCCCCAACGCAUUGAUUUGUUAAUUAGUACGGAAAUAUUUUUCGAUUUGUUGCUCGAAGGACGCAUUUCGUUAGGACAUGGCAUGCCUUGCCUUGUUAAUACAGUUUUUGGAUGGAUUGUCGGUGGAAAAUUCAACGAUCAAAAAAAUCCCUCGACCCUUACAUGUAAUUUGGCCCUAGAUUCUUCAACUUCAAUUCUUGAUAACACAUUGAGAAAAUUUUGGGAAGUUGAGGAAUAUGUAAGUGGUCCUCAAACAUUUACCAAUGAGGAACAAGCGUGUGAGAAACAUUUCACCGAAAAUGUCCAAAUUAACUCGGACCGAAGAAUUCAAGUUCGGUUACCAUUUAAACAAAAUCCUAAUUGUUUAGGUGAGUCUUUCGAAAUUAGUAAACGAAGAUUUUUGUCGCUCGAACGUAAAUUGGAACGUGAUCCCACUUUAAAAUCUAUGUAUGUCGAUUUUGUGAACGAAUAUUUGGCACUUGGUCAUAUGUCGCUCUAUAAUCGUCCUCUUUCGCAUCCACAUUACAUAAUACCUCAUCAUUGUGUUCUCAAGCCUGAGAGUACAACAACAAAGCUUCGUGUCGUUUUCGAUGGGUCAGCUCGCACAACUUCGAAUCAUUCCUUGAAUGAUAUACUCAUGGUUGGCCCAACUAUACAACAAGAUUUAGUUACCACACUCUUUUCGUUUCGUUUGAAUAGAUUUGCUCUCACUGCAGACAUAUCUAAAAUGUACCGCCAAUUUUUAGUCGAUGAACGUGAUCGUAAAUUUCAAUUGGUUCUUUGGAGAUCCAAUUCAAAAGACAAACUAUGCGUGUUUCAACUAAACACCGUUACGUAUGGGCUCUCAGCAGCACCGUUUUUGGCUAUUCGAAGUUUGUUUUUUAUCGCCGAUCAGCACAGUUCAACUUUUCCCAUUGGUUCAAAGGUACUUCGUGAGGAUUUAUACGUAGAUGAUGUUCUCACUGGCUCUGAUAGUCUCGAAAUCUUAGAACUCAAGAAAUCUGAAAUUAUUAAAAUUCUCAGUAUUCAUGGUCUUCAGCUCGCAAAGUGGAAUAGCAAUUGUCCAGACUUCGUAACCAACAACGACGAAGAAGUUGCCAUUAAAACCACUGAAGAAAAUAUUACAAAAACACUUGGAAUGUCCUGGAAUCCUACUCAGGAUAUAUUUUUGUUUCGCUUUAACUUGCCCGAUGUAAGUAAUCCCACAAAACGUUCAAUUUUAUCGAUAGUAGCAAAAAUUUUCGAUUUGCUUGGUCUCUUGAGCCCUAUUGUAGUUCGUUGUAAAAUGCUGCUCCAAGAGAUGUGGGUCCAGAACAUUGGUUGGGAUGAUCCCCUCAACAAUAGUUUGACAUUGAUGUGGCUCCAAAUUAAAGCAGAUUUGGAACAUAUUCAUGAAAUCACAAUACCUCGAUAUGUUUUUACUUCGGAAAACAUACUCGGCGAAAUACAUGGCUUCGCCGACGCUUCGCAACGCGCAUUUGGAUGCUGUAUUUACUAUCGCGUCUUAGAAAAUGGUUCUUAUAAAACUACCUUGUUAAUCGCCAAAUCGAAGGUGGCUCCAAUAAAAGCACAGUCUUUACCUCGUCUCGAACUAUGCGCGUGCGUAUUACUUAGUAGAACUUGGUCAAAAAUAAAACCAAAAAUCGGAAAAUUUGUAUCUUCUAUAUUCUUUUGGACGGAUUCUAAAAUUGUUUUGCAAUGGCUCAAGAUACAUUCAUCAACCCUUAAUUGUUUUGUAGCAAAUCGUGUCUCAGAGUUACAAGAACAAGCUCAAGACGUUAUAUGGCGGCAUGUGCCAUCAAAAAGUAAUCCAGCCGAUAUUGUGUCUCGUGGUUGUAGCGCUACAGACUUGCCUAGUACAAUUUGGUUUAAUGGUCCCAAAUUUAUUUUCGAAGAUGUUAGUAACUGGCCCGCAAACAUAACUGAUGAAUCCGAUGAAAUUUUGGAAAGAAGAAAAACGGCUCUUAAAUGCACUACAAAUGACAUCACCGAUCGACGUGGCCUACCGCAACGCAUUUUUUGCGAUAACGCGACAAAUUUUACAGGUGCCCACAAUAAACUCAAAGAGUUAAAAGAUAAAUUGCUCUCUAAUAAAAUCGUAUCAGAAAUCAAGACGCAUUGUACUCAAAAUGGCUUCGAAUUUUGUUUCAUCCCUCCUCGUGGCCCACAUUUUGGUGGAUUGUGGGAGGCCGCUGUUAAAUCUGCUAAAACCCUAUUAGUAAAAAAUCUUGCUCAAGCUCGCCUUACAUUUGAAGAACUACAAACUUUAAUUGUCGAAAUAGAAGCUAUAUUGAACUCUCGUCCUAUAGCUCCAAUGUCAGAUGACCCUAAUGAUGGAGAAGCACUUACUCCCGGUCAUCUGCUAAUUGGUUCAUCGUUGGUGUCCAUACCUCAGGAAACUUUUGAUUCUUCAAAGUUAUCCGCAUUAAAUCGAUGGCAACAAAUUUCGUAUCUCAAAAAUCAAUUUUGGCAACUGUGGUCCCGAGAUUAUCUUUUAUCGCUACAACAACGUUCGAAAUGGUCUAAAACACAACCAAAUAUCAAUAUUGGACAACUAGUCAUUAUCCAUGAAGAUAAUACUCCACCACAGAAUUGGCUCCUUGCAAGAGUCACAAAAACAAUUUUUGGUACUGAUGGACAUGUACGAGUAGUCGAAUUAAAAUCUGCUAAUGGUUUUUGUCGGCGACCUAUACACAAGGUGGCCCCUUUACCUAAUUUAUAG